AUGCUCUGGUCGUAUGGCAUUGAGAAUCCAUUCACCUUCGGAUCCAAAGGAAACGAUUGUUUUUCGGAAAUUUUUGAUCGUUUUCUAUCUGCAUUGGAGCUCAAGAAAUUUUGCAGACCACCCGGAGACAACAUCGAACCACAACUCAUUUGCUGCACAUCCGGAAACACCUGCCCCACCACUUCCCAAGCUGCUCCUCUUGCUCUCACGAAAUUGCUUGCCGAAGCAACCCCGACAAUGGGCAGAAACACACAAGCAUUUGCGCUCGCCAACACAUCGUUCGCGCCGUCCUUGAAUACCGCUACCUCUUUGCGUUGUUCCACUUUUGGACGAGGACACGCACGCCCUCGCCAUGCACAAUGGGCAAUCGUUAUAUCUCCGGUUGCCUGCACUUCGCCCAAAUCCACUGCGUCGUCGUCGUCCCAAAUACUUUCAUUGGAUGACGCGAAAAACUCAAUUGAAGUGCAGCUGCAAGAUGCUAUUACCGCAUUGCGGGAGGCCGAAGAAAUAACAGCAGUGGAGAAAUUGCGAGUCAAGUACCUUGGGAAAAAGGGGACCCUUACAGUCAUCAUGAAAAUGGUUGGUAAGCUCGUUAAGGAAGAACGCCCGUUGUUGGGAGCGGCUGUUAAUAUUGCCAAGGAAAAGGUUAGUUCUUUGGUGGCAGAAAGAAAGGAGGCAAUUGAGGAGGAAAACAUACGAAAGAAGGAAGAAUCAGAAUGGGUUGACGUGACAAUGCCGGGUAUCCGUCCCGACAGAAUUCCGGGACGCAUUCACCCAAUCACGUCAACAAUGAAGAUUGCGACUAACAUUUUCGUCGACAUCGGCUACGACCUUAUCGACGACCCUAAGUACAAUCGAGAUAUUGAGACAGACUACUACUGCUUCACGGCUCUCAACUGCCCGCCCGACCAUCCUGCCCGGGAGAUGCAGGACACUUUUUAUCUCACUGCUGACAAGAAGAACUUGCUACGCACGCAAACAUCAUCCGUGCAAAUUCGGUACAUGGAAGAGAACAAACCUCCGUUCAAAAUCAUUGCCCCGGGUCGUGUUUACCGUCGAGACACGUCAGAUGCAACGCACUCGUCCACUUUCCAUCAAAUCGAAAUCUUGGCCGUCGACAAAAUGGGCGUUUUGAACUUUGGCGGAUUGAAAGCUACGGUCACCCAUUUUCUUAAAAAGAUGUUAGGCGAGGAAAUCCAAACGCGCUUCCGAGGCUCGUACUUUCCGUUCACAGAACCCAGCGUAGAAGUGGACGUCUUCUUCCGAGGACGGUGGUUGGAAGUGCUAGGAUGUGGGAUGGUAGACCCAGCUGUACUAGAAAAUGUAGGGUUGGACCCUGAAGAAUGGAGCGGGUUCGCGGCGGGCUUUGGGGUCGAGCGAUUCGCAAUGGUAAUGCACGAGAUUCCGGAUAUCCGCGAGCUGUACAGGAACGACACUCGCUUUUUGACACAAUUUAUGACCGAUGUUUAG